AUGAAGUCGAUGACCAUCCCUAGAGCUGAGACUUGGGACGACCUCCAGGAGGCACACCCAACCCCAGGAGACCCGAGUCUGUCCUCAGCCUCACCACGCACUCCAAGUCUGGCACACUCGCAUAACGAACACAACAUUACCAACCUUACGGGUUUACACAAUUACAGUACAGAGCUAGAGCUCCGAAGGACUCUGCAAGAGCUGUUGGCUGUCCUGUCAACACCCACCUACCACUGCAGGAAGCUUAUUAUAAUGGGAGGUCUUUACUGCGACCGUAAACCUGAUGGAGAGAAGUAUGUGUGUCAUGACCCGGGGCUGGCUCCGCCUGACGAGUACUGCUUGGUCUACUCCGUGGGCGUCGGCCAUGACCUGUCAUUUGACCUGCAGAUGGACAGAUUUGGCUGUGAGGUGUUUGCCUUUGACAGUGAUUUCUACCAUAGACACUACCCAACCUUCAUCGGCUCCAGGCUGACAUUCUACAAGGUGCGUAUUGGGACGUAUUUCUUAAAAGAGCUGCAGUACCAGGGAGAUGACAAGGCAGCUGAACCCUACUUGGUGGAGUACUGGCCGCUGCCCGCCAUUAUGGCCAGACUCGGCCACAUGCAUCACCAACUCCACUACCUCAAGCUGGACAUUGAAGGGGCCGAGUGGGACGUGCUG